AAUAUAUUUAACCACUUCCCGUCCGGCUCAUGUAUAUAAACAGCCGGACAGGAGCAGUGCAGGGGCGGGUGGCCGUUUAUAAACGGCCUCCCCGCCCCCUGCUUGUGGGCGCUCCCUGGGAGUACGCAGCACCGCGAUCCGGUGCCCGCUGUGUCCUCCAGACACAGAGGAACACCGAUUGUUGUACGGAACCUGUGUGAGGCCCCGAUCAUGUGAUCACUGAUUGGCCAAUCAGUGAUCACAUGCAAAGUAGUAAGCAAGAUGUCACUUCUGACAUCAUUGCUUACUACCUGUGAAAUCUGUGAAUGAUCACAGAGGUCACAUGGUACAAGGCUAUUCACAACAGCCUUGUACCAUGUGACAAGCUGUGACCAAUCACAGCUCACUCAGUA